AUGAGCACCAAGUCCAAAUUCCUUGUACUCAACCCCUCCCCCUCGAACCUUGAAAGCGUUUUGGGUAAGGCUAAUCUCCAGAACGAGAAGAAUGGACCCUUUGAAGCGGUGUUUCUUCUUGGGGACGUCAUAACCAAAGGAAAGGCCCUCCCAAACACUGAAAUUAAACAGCCCACAUACUUCACUCAAGGUGCAGAAGAAUUUGCAGUUGAAGUGACUAAUGGAAUUUCCAGUUCAACAGGUGAUUCAGACCUAAUUGAUAUACUUCCGAAUCUUACUGUGCUGAAAAGCUUGGUGAAUGUGCUAAAAGUCAAGUCAGGUACCAAGAUCAUGAUAGUUUCGGGUGCAUCCGAAAUAGAGGAGAAUCAAAGGGAGGCAUUGCGCUUGGCUAAUAUCUCUCAAGUAGACAUUUUGAUAACAUACAAUUGGCCACAAGCCCUUGCUAAACAAGAACAGCUAUCCUUAGUGGGUAAUAACUUCAUAGACGAAUUGGUCAAACAGGUCAAGCCAAAAUACCACUUUUGUGUGGGACAUGAGUACGGUAAAUUCUUUGAGAAUCAGGCAUUCAAGUGGGAAUCUGGUGAGGUGACAAGAUUCAUAAGUUUGGGUCAAGAAGGAUCUGGAGAAAAGUGGUUCUAUGGCUUCAACAGCGGGGGGGACCCUGACGAAACAAAACUAGGUGAAAAUCCAUUUACAAGGGUUUCUGUCAAACCUAAAAGAAACAUCGAUGAGGUGAAUGAAAACCUGGAGUCGGUCUCAAAACGUCCAAAGGUUACGCCAGAAUCUUGUUUCUUUUGUCUAUCAAAUCCAAAAGCCGAAACCCACAUGAUUGUCUCUAUAGGAAACAAUGUUUAUUUGACCAUUGCAAAAGGUCCGCUCACUAGAUCAAAUGGCGAUCUCUCUUUCUCGGGUCACGCAAUCAUCAUUCCAAUCGAGCAUAUUCCUACCUUAAGAUCAAAUUCUACCAAUGUGAUUUCCUCCCCAGUAUUUCAGGAGGUUCUCCAGUACCAAAAGUCACUCGUGAAAGCAUUCCACACAAAAGCGCCUAAUUAUAGGUUGGUAUUUUACGAAGUUUGCAGAGGCACCAACGUUCACCAAAAUACUCAAGUUGUACCAAUCCCAGAACAUUUAGUGGGUAAACUAAAGGAGGAUAUUGUGGAUAGAGCCAUCAUUAACAACGAGAAAUUUCAGAGAAAUCACCCAUUGGAAUUCAAAGUGUAUAAUGAAGACGAUCCAGAAUAUAUCAGGAUUAUCAAUACAGCGGACUAUAUCAGCCUUGUGAUAUAUGAGUCCAGUGAUUCCAAGGUUAUUUACUUGAGCGAGUUAACCGAUGAGCUGAGGCCGGUUGAUUUCCAGUUCCCAAGAAGAGCCUUGGCCUCAGCAUUGAAUACACCAAAAAGAAUUUACUGGGAAAAGUGUCAACAGUCUAGGACAAGAGAAACCAGAGAGUGUGAUGAAUUCAAAGCAUUCUUGGACGGGGCAAUUUAA